AUGAGCGCUGCGAAACGUGCCGCACAAGCAAUCAGUCCACAAAGAUUCCCGCUGUUUCUCUAUAAAAGUAUUUUGCGGUAAGUGACGUUAUUUGUCCUGAAAAUCAAGUAUUAAAUUCAAAAUUCAGGUUACAUUAUGGUUUGCCAAAAGAAGCGAGAUUGAUGGGCGAUACGUAUGUGAAAGACGAGUUUAGACGACAUAAAAAUGCGGAGCCCAGUUUUGUCAAACCUUUUAUAGAUGAAUGGACAGUAAGAUUUUUGGGGGUUUCGGAAGUUCUUGAUCAAAAGUUUCGAUAACGGAAAAUCUUUCAGAAUUAUUGCGUGAUGCUGUCCAAACAACUUUCUUCGGCUGGAAUUCGAAAAGGUCAAAUCGGUGCCGAUCUCCCCGCUGAUAAAUUGAACAACCUGAGCAAUGAGCACAUCCAACAGUUAGUCGAACUCCGAAUUGAAGCCGAUAAUCAUUUAGGAAAAACGGACUUUCUGGAAAACCUAGAGAAAAUUCAGAAGUAG